UCCACUUUAUUCGCUGUAAGUUAGGCACCGGAUGUUUUUGCGCUUCCGUGUUAGCAUGAAAAAGCUGUUGAUAACAGUUUUAUGGACCAGUGUAGUACUUUCCACUGUUAGUAUCGCAAGAAAAAUUGAUACCUUGAGUGAUUACUUUGAAACAUCAAGGAAUAAUUCGUUUCAACUGGGAAUCCUCCCUGAAUAUGAAGUACAACGUUAUGUGUUUCCCGCGGUGUUACCAGAGUCAGAAGAUGACGUUCAGAGUGGUGAAGAGGAUGAUGGAACGGUCCUCUACAGGAUUGUCAGAGGACCAAGGUCUCCUUCUGCUGAAGGCAAGCGUCCCUCGCUGAUACAGCAUGGAAUUUUGUGUGACUCAUAUUCCUGCACUGCUAACAAGCCGCAAAUUGCUGUUGCCUAUUUGCUGGUUGAUCAGGGUUACGACGUUUGGUUGGGGAGCAGCAACUACAGCAUGAUGGAUAAUUCUAUAUCGAAUGAGAUGAUGGAGAAGGAAAAAUUGGAAACCAUCGGCCAGUGUAUCCUGAUGGCAACACAACAACCAGAGUUACUGGUAAUGGGUUAUAUCAAUGGUUCCAUUCAGUUUUUCGCAAUCACUGCGCGUUACAAUCAUGAGCAAUCGAAACUUUCGAAAUUGGUGGAGAAAAUACCUGGAGUCAAGACGGCGAAGAGAUGGUACAAUAAACUGUAUAACAGGGGCUGGGGUAUUUUGUCACGGGGUUAUGAUCGAGUCCAGCAGGGUGUCGAGAGGCUUGGAAAAAAAUUGGACUAUAUAUCAGACAAUCCAUUAGUGAGGAACCUUAAGAAUACUGUAUUUAAUGCUUGGGGAAUCGUCGCUACGGUGCGGCCAACCCUGAAAAUCCAGGACUUUUCAAAAAUGGUUAAUCAUCCAGAUGUAUAUCUCGAUACUCCGCAAUUGAUAUCGAAGUAUGGAUACACUGCCGAAACUCACGACAUAAAAACCGCGGAUGGUUAUUUGCUAUCACUACAUCGAAUAUCAGGCGGAAAAAAGUAUCCAUCAAGUCCGGGAAAGCCUGUGGUUUUCCUGCAACAUGGAAUAUUGGCUAGUUCUGCUGUUUGGGUACUUGCAGGUCCAGCCAAGGGACUAGCCUACAUCCUUGCCGACAAGGGAUACGACGUAUGGAUGGGAAAUUCCCGUGGUAAUACAUAUUCUCGUGGACACGAACAGCUCUUGACAACAUCUUGCAAAUACUGGGACUUUUCCUUCCAUGAAAUGGGAAUCUAUGAUCUGCCGGCCACUAUAGAUUACAUUCUAGCUGAGACGAAACAGCCGAAGAUGUACUACUUGGGUCAUUCACAAGGGACAACAUCAUUUUUCGUGAUGAUGUCAGAAAAGCCAGAGUACAAUGAUAAAAUAUUCAAGUUCGCAGCAUACGCUCCCAUGGUUUACAGUGCGCACGUGAGAAGUCCUUUCAUUAAAUUUACUGCCCGACUUUCAACGCCUAUUUAUCGGACUCUGGGAUUCUUCCACAUUCACGAUUUUGCACCGACGAAUGCAUUACUGACUAAAAUUGGAAGACAGUCCUGCGAGGCGCGAUCUUUGUACCAAGUCAUUUGUAGUAAUAGUUUAUUCAUGAUUACUGGAUAUGACACUGCACAAAUUAAUCAGACACUGGUUCCAAUAAUCCUGGGUCAUUUUCCAGCCGGAAGUUCAGUGAAGCAAUUUCUACAUUUUGGUCAAGAAGUUAACUCCCAAAAAUUCCGGAAAUUCGAUUAUAACAAUCCCGAAAUAAAUCAGCAAAAGUACGGACAGUUGGAGCCCCCCGAGUACAAGGUCAAUAAUACGAGAAUUCCAACAGCUCUUUUCUACGCGAAUAAUGAUUUACUCUCUGAUAAAAGAGACGUUGAGAAACUGGCAGACGAUUUACCGAGUGUGGAAAUGGCGUACAGAGUGCCGAUGGAGUCUUUCAAUCAUAUUGAUUUCAUGUUCGCUAUUGAUGCACCUGCUCUACUGUAUGAACCGACUAUUCAGUUUUUUAAUGCAACAUGGACACCUCCAGUUAUUUGAUGAAGGAUUAUUUGAAUACUGAAAUUAGCAAGAUAAUCUACUUCGCGUUGAUCUGAAACCAAAUAGUUCUGUAUUUAUUUAUACUAAUGAAGAAGUCAAGAAUUUAUUAUUCAAUGGCAUAACGUUAACUGAAAAUUUUGUGAUUGUUUUUGGUAAUGAUAUGAAUAAAGUGAUGAAUUCGAA